CAGUGGAUAAAUAAAUUUAUCGUUGUGAAGAAAAUAAUAUCGUUAAAUUCUGUCAUAAAAGCAAAAUUUGUAAAUGUAAUUUAAUAAACGCAAUAUGUACAAUCGCUAAUUAUCUCGUUACCUUAUGUUUUGUUUUUAUUAUUUCUUCUACCUUUCUUGUAGGCAUGCAAAAUGAAUAUGAAAUAAGAAAAUUUUUUGAUAAAAAUUAAAUUAAGAUUGAGUAACUCUUUCAAAAUAUCACGUUUCUCAUAAAUAUUAUCUUUUAUUUAGAGUUUAUGAAAUGUAUAAAAGGAUUAUAAAAUUGGAAAAACGAAUUAUAGAAUCCUUAUUUUUAUUACUGUCAUUUUAUUUGUAACAUAAAAGUAAAUUUUUCCUGCGUAAAAUAAUGUUGUUCACAAUGUUAAUUGUUUUUAUAACUCUUUCAAAUAUUCGAGGAGUUCCUCUAGAAGAUCAUUAUAGAAAUAGUACAUUAAACUUAUUGAGACAAAAACGACAUCCUUGUCAUAUUGAUGAACCUAGUUGUGAAGUGAAAUUAGUAGUGGAAAUUAAUGUGGAAAUUGACGAUUGCAAACCAGAAAUUUGCAGCUCCUUAUGCAAAUGUCAUGACGACUGUGUAUUGGAAAUUGAAAUUAGUGAUAACAGUGAUAGCCAAGCAGUGAAUGCAGCAAAAAGUGCUCCAACUGCCAUUGCAACAGAAAGUGUGAAUGUGCAACAUUAUUUGUAGAAUGUUGAUUAAUUGUAUUAACUAUAUUAUUAAUAAUGAUGAUAAUUAUUUAUUUAAAUUUAAGAAUGAAAUAUUAUUACAAAUAUGUAGUAAGCAUUUUAGCAAUUUUUUUUUCAUGUAAACA